AUGACGAGAGGGUCUUCGGAUGGCCACUGCCACUUCGGCGCGUACGCAUCUUUCGAUGCGAAGGAACCCUGCAACCAGGCGGGGCUCGCCGACUGUGACAAGGAGUCGAAGUUGGACUUCGAGAACGAGCUUACAUUUUUUUCGGAUAUCAACUCGCAGCAUCAUCCAAAAGUUGAAGGUGAAGAAGGCAGACAUUCCGUGUGGGAAGCCGAAACAGACAGCAGCGAGGGCUCGGACAUCCAGGAGCCGGAUCGCGGCACGAGCUUCAGCGAUGAGGACUCCGAGCUUCUCAGGGAGGAUUCUGCCGCCGAAGAAGACAAAGGCGUAAAGUGGGAGUUUUUCGAUUUGGACAACGAUCAUAUCAUCUCCGAAGAUGUGUUGCCCACAAUCCUGGAAGACGAAACCUUACAGAUGCCUUUGCUCACGGCUCGAAGCGCACUGGAGCGCAACAGCUGGGGCAUCUCCGAAGCCUUUCAGAGCAGCUUCGAGGCGCUCAGCAGCGUUGCCAUUGGCAUUGGAAGCUUCGCGGGGACCGCGACGCAAGGGGUAUUGGAGGCUACGCACGCCUUCCUCUCUUGCUCCAUUGCCUUUGAUGCCUUCGUGGAGAUGCAUGUGAAAAACGACGAGAAUAUCGUCCCUGAUCAGGAGACGGAAGACAGGCAACAAGAGGCGUGA